AUGAAUCCUGUCCAAGAUGAGCCGCAGUGGAGUGUCACCACUUGGGAGGGCCGCCAGACUUAUUCAAGGCCCCUAGUAGCAUCUGAGCUGCUGUCCGACCAAUACACAAUAUUCCAGGAUGGGCUGAAAGACGGCAUCGGGAGGCUGCGAUUUUCCUGCCCACUCAUCGCGGCGGCCAUACAGAAGGGCGUACACGAUCCUCAGUUCCGAUCUUGGAUUUACACCCCAAUUUCUAACCGUCGCGAGUUGGAUGAGUGGAUUGAGGAGACAGUUAUAGUUCACCCUGAUCCUUUGGACGGUGACGCGUUUCUGGCACAGAUCACUUACACUCGGCUCCCGUAUGUGCUUCCGAGCGGCAAGGAGAAGAUCUUUCGUUGCUACUUCGUUGAAGACCCCGAAGAUGAAUCAAAGUUCUCUAUCCUUUGGCACGGCCCACACGCGAUCAUGGAUGCAUGGCCCACCUUUCAUGCAUUCCGAAUCAUGUUGGAGGCCAUGUCAAAGACAAACCCCGAUCCUCUGGAUUCUCUAUCAUGGGGGACGGAAUGGAGCAAUCUUCCAUCGGGUCCUGUGACCUCCACGGGUGGUCCUCGUCCAAACUGGGAGACGGAAGGAAGGAAUCUAACAGGAAAGGUCUUCCAGAUGCUCAUGAACCCCGUGCCUACGCUCAGCAUACUACCCCAGCGCACCGAGAUCACUGUCCGUGGCAGACAGGUCCGAGCUCGUAAAGUACUGGAUGAAACAACGUCCGCGAAACUAGUCCAGGCGGCCAGGGCAGCUGGUUUCUCUGUAAGUCACCUGUUCGAGGCGGCCCAGGCGCUGGCCAUCAUGUACUGCAACGCUAUCACCGAGGAUGCAGCCAAGGACGCCCAUGUAACAUAUCCGGUCGGAAUAAUCUCGGCUGAGAGAUUCCGUGUCCCGCCAUAUAACCGACUGAAUCACUUCGUUUCGGAGAUGAUCCACGUGCCGAUCCAAGUCAAGUAUGCGGACGUCGUGUCGACAGACCUACCCAAAGACCGGAUUCUCACUGCAGCGAAGAGUAUCAAGAAGCAAUAUGAUGACUUCAUGAUGAAUGCCCACAUUCCUCACCUCACAGCCGCCGUUGUCAAGCUCGCACCGCCGCGCGAGCCAAUGGUGGGCUCUAACCCGUACGCAACGGUCAUCACCAACUUGGGAGUGAUAGACCGCUUGCUUCCCGUAAUCUAUUACCCUGAUGGAAACGAGAGCAAGACACCUGUAUUUGAGGUACUGUCGCUGACAGUAGGCCACAGACUCAUUGCUGCCACACCACCAACGACUUAUGGGAUCAGUCAUACAUGCAAGAAUUUGUCGACGACGUUGUUCGGCAGGCACUGA